AUGCGCCUAACCGAUGUCUCCGUCGAUGUAUCGAGCGGAGUUUCCGACGAAGUAGCGCGCACUGGAGGUGACGACCGGCUUGAGUCUGCAGUUAUCAAGACGGCACUCAAGCAGCUCCGCCGCGCCUCGUACUUCACGCGCUACUGGCAGGAAGAGCAGGACGCCUCCGAGAGCCGCUACGACCCCGCGGGCCUGCUGCUGACGCUGCUCGCGCUCUUCUGCUUCUUCAUGUCCGGGUACUGGAUCGCCAACCUGUCGCUGCUCAUGCGGCUGGGCAAUCUGGAGACGCUGCAUGUGCGGCGCAGUCUGCUGCUGUCGGGGUUAGCCUCGCUCGUCUACGGCUGCAUGCACGCCGUGCUGCCCACACUGCGCGACGACGCGUCCGCGGCAUACAAGGUCACGGCGGCGCUGGUGCUGGUGAUGCAGGCCACGCCGCCGCUCAUCAUCCUCGUCAACUUGCGCGGCAUUAAGCGUUCAAUGCUCAACGCGUCCGUGCAGGGCCGCAACGUCAUCCGCAGGUGCACGGGUUGCUACGUGUGCGCGGCAGUGUUCACGCUUCCCUUCACGCUCGUGUUCGUCCUCAGGACCGUGGGGGCCGUGGCGGAGACGACGAACUACCUGCUGCUCAUUGCCAGCGCGCUGCUCUACGGCACGAUUCUGAGCUGCAAUUGCUACUGUACGACGACGGAGACGACGGUGCAGCCCCCGCAGGAGAUCAAUGUCGUCGACGACGACACCACGUCGUCAUCUGUCGACGGAUCGCCUGAAGUGCUGACAGAUGGAGCCGCGAUGCCCGGCAGCACGGCUUAUAUUGGCCUCGCUUCCGGCAGCGUGCUUGGGAUCAGGGGCGGACUGCUGGCUGGAGAUUUCAUCGCCGGAAUGGUAACACAGAGCCUCGCCGUGAAGAUCGGAGAAGGCUCCAGUGCAAUGGUGUAG